AUGGCUACCCCUAGUGUCGUUAUCUUUGAUGCCGAGGGUCGUGCUCUUGACUUUGAGGUCUGGAUUGAUAACCUCCAGCUGUUCCUACAGUGCGAUAGGGCAGACAGACUCUCCCUGUUCGAUCUCACCUCUGGUGCCUCUCCUGCCCCGCCUGCUACUGCUGACAGCACUGUUCGUGCACAGUGGGCCACACGCAAUGCUGCUGCCUGUCUUGCUGUGCAUUGCCACUUACCGACUACUGAGCGUGCACACUUUUGCCAUCGGUCGGCGCUACGUCUGCCCCUAGCAGGAGACGCCGCACCGGCAAGGGCAAGGGGGGCAAGGGCGUUGGAGGGGCUGGCUGGGGCGGUGGAGGUGGUGGUGGAGGUAGUGGAGGGGGUGGGGGUGGUGGUGGGAGUGGUGGUGAGGGUGGAGGUGUCGGUGGCAGCAGUCGAGGCGGAGGAGGCGGCGGUGGUGGCGGAGGGAGCGGAGGCGGAGGGGUAG